GCAAGUGACACAACAACAACAGCAGCAACAACAACACGAAUAACUACAACAGCAGCAACAACAAGAAAGUAUUAAACUGCGGUGUUUGGCGUUUAUGCAUAUUCUUCAAAAUUCUAAAUUUCAACGAAGAAGAAAGCGUGUAAAACUUAAAGAAAACCCUAUUCGAAAUCUCGGCGAAUCGAAAAGCAACUCAGCAAAAAGUUUAUCGACAACAGCAACAACAAAAGAAAACACGCUACAACUCUGGCAGCGCUCUCUGGCUAUUGAAACCAACUCUCUCAUUAACUCAUACUCACACACACACACACGAAUACAACCAUACACAUGCACUCUCUCUCAGCAAGAAAUCUUGACGAAAUAUUUGCAACCAACUGGACCAAUUCAAUUUUUAUCGAUAACAAUAUAAAAAUUUAAUAAUACUAAAAAUAUAGAAAAAAAGAAAGAAAGAAAUAUAAUAAAAAAAAGCAAAAAGAAGCUGAAAAUGUUUACAAAUUAAACAAUUUAUUUCAACAAAUCUCUCGAGCUCGAAACGUGGACAAACAAAAACUCAAAACUUUUAAAUCAAACUCAAAUUACGGUUAUAUUUUCGGACACGACUGUGUUGUAAAACGCUUGCAGCAACAAUUUUCGGUGUGCAAAAAGUGCUAAAUCAAGACAAAAAACAAAAAAAAAAAAAAAGGAAAGGAAACAAAAAUUAAACAAAUCGUAACCAAAAGCGACAACAAAAGAAGCUACAACAUUUACAACUGCUGCAGCGACAACUACAAGAUACAACUACACAACCACAAACACCAACUACAAAAGCUACAACAAUAAUAACAACAACUAUUACACCAACGACGAAGAAGACGACCCCGAAAAAGAAUAACAAAUCAAUUGAAAAUUGAAACUUAUGGAUUGCUGGACGGGUAACGCCCGACUGGCGAGUGUUUUAGUUUAAGCAGCGUAAGCUGUCACCGACAUGGGCAGUGAGCAAUACUGCUUGAGGUGGAACAAUCAUCAAUCCAACCUGUUAGGGGUGUUUAGUCAAUUAUUACAGGACGGGAGCCUGGUGGACGUUACAUUAGCUUGUUCAGGGGGCCCAUCCAUCAGAGCCCAUAAGGUGGUCCUCUCAGCCUGCUCCUCGUAUUUCCAGAGCCUGUUUCUGCAGCACUCCGAUCCACAUCCAAUUGUGAUACUGAAGGACGUCCGUUUUGCCGAGCUGCAAACAUUAGUUGAAUUCAUGUACAAGGGCGAGGUGAACGUGCAAUAUUGUCAGUUGCCAGCGCUGCUCAAGACAGCCGAAUCACUCAAGGUUAAAGGAUUAGCCGAGAUGACAAAUCAGAAUACGACGUUGCGGGAACCCGAAAGGGAACCGGAUCGACUGCGUCCUCAUUCGCAGGCGAGCGGCAAGGCGGCCGAUAGUCCAGCCCUGGAUGCCACAGCAGCAGCGGCAGCAGCAGCUACCAGUAGCAGUAGCAGCAGCAGCAGCAGCUCAGCAACAGCAACAACCACAGCGACAACAACAGCAACAGCAGCAGCAACAACAACAACGGCAGCUGCAACGGAUAACACAGCGGCAACAGCUGCUGGUACAAGCAGUACAACAACAACAGCAACAGCUGCUGCAACCACAACAACAACAUCAUCAGCAGCAGCAGCAGCAGCAACAGCAGCAACAAAUACAUCAGCAGCAGCAGCAGCAGCAGCGUCGACAGCGACGGAAGCGUCACAGACGUCAGCGUCAAAGCGUGAGGCAAGCGAACGUUGCAGCCCAACGCCGCCAAAGCGGACAGCGAGCAGCGCUGCAACAUCGUCAAGUGUGGCGCCAAUAGAGCUGCUGGAGGAUGAGGACGAGGAUGAGCUGGAGGAAGAUGAAAUGGAGGAGGAUACACCAAUGCCGCUAGAUCUCUAUCAAAGACCCGCCGCCGCCGCCGCCGCCGCCGCUGUUGCGUCUCUUGAGCCGCCCGAGAGCUCAGCUCACAGCAACAACAACAACAGUAGCAGCAGCAGCAGAAAUAACACUAACAAUACUAACAACAACAGCAGCAGAAACAACAACAACAGCAGCAGCAGCAACAUUAUAAACAUUAGCAGCUGCAGCAGUAGCAACAACAACAACAACAGCAACAACAACAGCAACAACAACAACAGCAGCAGCAACAACAGCAGCAACCAAAUCUCAUCGGUGGCAGGUUCGCCGAGUGGCAGCAACGGUGACUGUGGCGCCACAAAUGUUGCAACUGAGUCAAGCAGCCAUGUUGCUGCCGUCGCCGUCGCCGUUGCCGUGGACGAUGACGAUGAUGAUGAUGACGACGAUGCGGAUGAUAAUGAUAAUGAUGAUGAUAUGGAUAAUGAUAAUAAUAAUGUGAUUGUUGUCGAUCGUUCAAGUGCUCAUGCCGCAGCAGCAGCUGCCGCUGCCGCACGUGACAUUGCCCAAAGGAUUGCACACCAUAGCGCCAGGCUAGUCCAUGGCGAGGACGACGACGAGGAUGAGGAGGAGCUGCGUGAAUCGCAUGACAGAUUGCUGCACUCGCACUCGCACUCGCAUUCUCAUUCGCACUCACCCGGUGUGCUGCAGCCCAAGACGGAGAUCAUCGACGAUGAUUAUGAUGAUGAAAUGGAUCUGGAUGAUGAUGAUGAGGCGGACAACAGCAGCAAUGAUAUGGGCCUCAAUAUGAAGAUGAGCAGCGGCGGUGUCGAUCUCUCGACGGGCUCAACCGUCAUACCAUCGCCUCUGAUCACAUUGCCCUCAUCAUCCGCCGCUGCGGCAGCGGCAGCAGCAGCAGCGGCCGCAGCAGCCGCCAUUGAGUCCGCCCGCUCCACGCCCGGCGGUGGCGCCUCCGAUCUAAGCCUGUCCAUGGCACAGUCAGCGCGUCCAGCGUCACGCUCAUCGCGCGAUGGCAACAGCACCGCCGACGGACGCGCCUCCAGCCUCAUGAAUCCCGGUGUUGCCGGACUCUUGCCAGUGCAAUCGGUGCCAUUGAGCCUCAAGAAAGAGAUCGAUUGCAGCGAGGAUGACAACAGCAGUCACAGUAGACACAUGCAACCGCGUUCGGCAUCAGCUGGCGGCGGAUUGGGCGGCGAUCUUGAUUACCGCGCCUCACAUGAGUCGCUCUUGCGGAACUUUGGCUCCCCGAUGAGCGCAAUGGCCGCCAGUCGUUGUCCAACACCUUUCGCAUUUCCCUUUACGCCGCUCGGUUUGAGCCUCUUCGACAUUGAUCCGUCCAGAAUAUUGAGCCUGCUGCACCACCAGACCUGGCUGGCCGAGGAGGCAUUGCGAACACGUGGAUUGUUGAGUGCUCCAAAGGAUUUUUCCCACCGUUUUACAACACUCAGCGAUCUGUUAACCAAGGACUAUCAGGCCAGUGGUGCGGGUGGUGGCUAUGGGGCAGCCAAGCAGGCGCAGUCGCAACCACAGCAGUCCACAACGAACCGUUCCAGCGAUGCACAGUACAAAGCACAGCAACAACAAGCCGCACAACAACAACAACAACAAACGACACAACAACAACAACAACCGCAGCUGCCUCAUGCCGCCUUCAAUUUACGCUAUGCCACGCCCACAACCUUCUUUGCGCAAUCCACCAAAUCGAGCAAAUCCGUUGGCGCCCCAUCGCCCCAACAAAUGGCGAGCUCGUCCACAAUCUCAAGUGAAUCGCAGCUGGAGUCGCAGAUGGAGGGGAAACGCAAUACCAACGAUAGCGAUGAUGUAACCAUUGUGGAGUUGGCCAAUGAACGCAGUGUGGUCACACCGAAUAGCAGUGCUCUACUUUAUAAGGAAUCGCUCGAACAGUUGCUCGCCCAGCAGCGUCGUCGUGCCACAAGCAACAGCACGCCGGUAACUGGAACAGGAGUAGGAGUAGGAGCAGGAACAGGAACAGGAACAGGAGCAGUUGCAACUACAGCAGGAGGAGUUGGAGUUGGAUCUGGUGUCAUUGUGGAUGCCAGCGGAUUGCGUCAAUAUACUCAGCUGUUGCUAUCCGGAGCUGCCACUCCGGUUAGUUGCACGGACACCUCGUCAAGCUGCAAGGAGAAGAGCUCCUCGUCGUCUACCUCAUCGACGCCGCCACCAAGUGGCGCCCUGCUGACCCAGCAUCAGCAAUUAAGCCAAAUGCUGAAGAGUCCAUCGGACACAUGCUCCUCACUGUUCAGCGAACCGAUUGAGGAGGAGACACGUUGUGUCGUCUGCAAUGCGCACUUUCCCAAUGUCUGGCUAUUGGAACAGCAUGCUGCUCUGCAGCAUCCACACAUUGGUCCCGGCGAGGAGAAGCCCUUCAUCUGCGAACAAUGUGGACAAUCCUAUCGCUAUCGCAGCGCGUAUGCCAAGCACAAGGAGCAGAAUCAUCGUGCUCGCCUCCCCGCGGACAAACUCUUCACCUGCGAUGUCUGCGGCAUGCAAUUUCGCUAUCUCAAGAGCUUCAAGAAGCAUCGCCUCAAUCACGCCCUCGAGCGACUUCACGGCAAGAAGAGCAUUGGCGUCGGCGUCGGUGUCGGCGCUGGCGUUGGCGUUGGCGUCGGCGUCAACAUUGGGGCCGGGGGAGUGUCGAAUGCUCGUCUUGUCAGUGGCAGCUCAUCAGCUGCAAUCUCUGCUCAACUGGAGCAGGAUGUGGUCACCAGUUCGCAGGAACCGAUGCUCGCCGAUGAGGGCGAGGAUCUUCGCAUUAAUGUAAAGCGCGAGGGCGACGACACAGCCGGACAACAGGACGCCGGCAGCGAGGAGCAUGAACAGGACAACACCAUCGAUUCCGCUGGCAUCACAUUGCUCUACAAUGACAACAACUCAUCGGCAUCGGCCUCCACCAGCGCCACGGAGCCGAAUAUUAGCAGCUCGGACGGCAUACAUAGUACAAACAAGCGGUCACGCCUGUUGAACAGCGCACACCACUUGGAAACGGAUCCCUCCUAUCAUCACCAUCAACACCACCAACAACAACACCAACAUCAACAGCAACAACACCAUCAUCAUCACCAUCCACAACAGCAGCAGUCGCAGCAAUCGCAACAACAGGGACAGCAACAACAGUUGCCACCGCAUUUGGGGCAUAUCUCACUGCCAAUGGCCAGCGCUGCGGCAGGCUCAUCAUCGGCUGCGGCAGCUGCUGCGGCAGCCGCUGCGGCAGCCGGUUGCAACUCGAGUGCCAGCACCGGCAACGCAAGCACUGCCAACUCCGGUGGCGGCAUCAGUUCACUCAGCUCUCUCACAUCGCUGAUUAACGCAGAGCGCAUACCCAACGAGCAGUUCCUCGGCCUCAAUCCGCAGGAGGCUUCCAUACUCAAUUUCUUGCGUGUCGAUGCCGCUGAGCGACAGCGUGACAAGCGACCCGCCACCUCACGCUUCGCUUGUCCCUUUUGCGGCAAAUGCGUGCGCUCCAAGGAGAACCUCAAGUUGCAUGUGCGCAAACACACCGGAGAACGUCCGUUCGUCUGUCUGUUCUGCGGACGGGCCUUUGGUGGCAAAUCGGAUCUGACACGCCAUCUGAGGAUCCACACCGGUGAACGGCCAUACCACUGCGAGUCGUGUGGCAAGUGCUUCGCAAGGGCGGACUAUCUCUCCAAGCAUUUGACCACACACAUUCACAAUGCGCCGCGCUGAGAUGAGGCGCGUAGGAGACGGCUCCUACGCAGAUAAGCCAAUAACCUCAAAUAACCAUACACACACAUAUACAUAAACUACACAACACUAGACUACACAACACUACACAAGAAAAAAGCAAAACACCCAAGAGGCAUAAAUUACAGGAAACAUAUGGAAAUUUAUGUAUAGAUCUAUUAUUACUAACUUUAUUAUUAGGAUUUACAAUGUGAGCAACACUCAAUUGUGUAAAUAUUAAUUUUUUUUUUUAUCGAAUUUUUUGAGUUGUGAGCGGGACGAAAGGUGCUGAGGUACAGUCAGCACUAAGAGCCAGCCAUAGAGCAAAGUGUUUUAGCAGGGUUUAAAAAAAAUAUUUCUUUUAAUAAUUUGUAAAACCAAAAAAAAAAGAAAACUAUUAAUGAAAAGUUAGAAACAAACAUUGGCAACUAUUAGCACGGGUAUUAAUGUGUUUAAGAUUUAAAGCUAAAGCAUUGUAAUUAGUAGACAAAUCCUUUUUUAUUUCAAUUAUUGUAUGGUUAAAUGAAAGUUUUUUGAAUUGCAUUGGUUCUGGCAGCUGCGAGGCAAAAACACAAGCAAACAAACUACAAACUGCAAUAUAAAAAUAGUCUGUUCUUUUUUAUUGAAAGGAGAAGAAUUGAGAAAGAAAUCACAAAGUACCGUAAUCUGCCGUUUACACAAUAGAUGAAUAAUAUUACAAAUAAUACAAAUAAUUCUACAUUUAUUUCGUUAAACGAAAAUGCUGACAAUUAGCAACCAAUAUAGCUAAAAGAAUUUUUUUUUAGCAAUAAUUAUUUAAACACACACACUUGCAUACAGAAUACAUACAAAAAGGGAAACGAAAAUCAAAAAUAUAAGGAAAACCACAGAGGCAAGAGACAAAUGUAAACUAAACUAAAUCAACUUACAUUGUGAACAAUACAUACAAAUACUUAUGUAACUAACUGUAAUUAUGUUUUAACCGUAUGUGCUAGCUAAAAGCAAACAGACAACAAAACAAUACAAAAGAUAACUAAUUUUUAUUAUUAAUAUUAUUAUUAUUUAUAAAUCAAAACAAAUCAAAUCAAAAAUCAGCAAAGCAAACAGAAUGAGGCAAACCACUUUAACUUGGGGAGGGGAAAGUAACGGUGAAGAGGGGAGGGGA